AUGCCUCACUUGCUACAGUCCCUCUCUGUGCUAUAUGAGGGGACGGAACACUCCCUUGAAGCCACGGAAAACAGUUUCCCCGAGCAGCGGCAGACACAGCAGGGUCAGAAGCAGGGGCCACUUGACAAAGAGGUUCUACAGCGAAUCAGUAACAGACUGCAGAUCCUGAGGCUCUGCAUCCUCCACCAGGUGCUCCACAAGGCCCAAACAGAUGGGAGAGAGGGCAAUCAACAAAACCAGCACCAGCAAACAGACCACGAACGGGAGCUAGACCGGCUACCCGAGAAGAAGGCAGAACCCCUAUGCAUCAAGAGACCGCGGGAGGCGUCUCAAUGUCGUGCUCCUGCUGCAGCUGCCACUUCUGGCUCUGUGGUCUUUUGCUUAGCUAACCCCAUUGUUGCUGCGCUAUUGCAGCUGCAGCCCCAUGAGCUACAUUUUGGGCAUCGCAGCCUUUGUCUUUAUCUGCGUGAGCUUUACAUGCAUCAGCAGCAAGAUGGUCAAGACGGUUUCAAGGCACCUGACCAGAAAGAUGCCGCAUGUCACGGCGGAGCACCUCAGGGCAGCAACAGCACUCGUAAUCGCAGCAGCAGGCACGCGGGAGGACGGCAAUGCAAUAGCUACGGCAGCCCGCUGCAAGAGCUGCCACAAGAAACACAGCAGCUUCUGCGGGCUGUUGUGCGGCGUGUUCUGCAAGAGGAGCCGCAGCUGCAGGAGCAGAGCCAUUUGUUGCUGCAGCAAAUUUGGCUGACGUGUCUCUCUCGGCAAACACUGCUUCUAUUGCCAACCAAGGGUUCCGCUGCAGCAGUAGAAGACUCAGCAAGGGCACUUCUAGAGGACAGCAGGAAGCGCCUGCAAGAGCUACAAAAACACAACUUUGUGGAACAGCUGCCGGCAUUUGCCGCUGUGCAGGCAGCAGUACCCCUUCCCUCAUCAGCAGAAGUGCGUGGAGCAGUUGAGGCGGCCAUCCACCAGCAGCAGCACUUCUUAUCAGCAGAAGAGGUCUUGCAACUAAUGCCACUGGAGCCUUCAGAGGCCCAGCAGCAGCAACAACAGCUCACGCUGCUGUUGCGGAAAGCCCGGAGUAUUCUCAGGGAGGAGGCCUCUGGGAUUGUGACUGCGCUGUCUCCCCGACUGUUGCUCCAGCUCCUAGACGAGGCUUUUUCAGCUAUCACUGCUUCUCGGCUCCAACGUCUUCACAGCAGCGACAGCAAGGGCCCUCAAAAUGGCCUUGUCAGUUUAGUACUCAAGCGUUUCAGGGAUGCGCGGGAGCUGCAGCUGCUGCAGCAAGCAGCCCGCGGAAAAUUGUCUGGGUGGCCCAGGCAGGGAGCCUCCGACGACACCUCGGCUGUUGCUGCGGCACCUCCCCAAAGCAACAACAGCAGCGCAGCGGAAAAUGUAUCGUGGUUACAGCAGCUCUAUCUUGCUACAGAUAAUCUCUUGUUGCAGCAGCUCCGUGGAGCCUUUCCUUUUGUUGUGGCCCCUAACGGGCCCCUUACAAAUAUAGUCUUACAAAAUCAAGUUAAAAGUGCAGCAGCGGAAAAAGACGUAGACAAAUCCCUCGGCUUAAAUACAAACAGGGGUAGUGGGUGGGAAACGGUUUGGGGGAGCUCAACGCCCGCCCUCGAGAGCAUAGCGGACGGGUGCUGUGAGCCCACGGAAGGUAAGGAACAGAAUGGGGAGAAGCCACGGAGAGAGAGGAAAAAGACACUAGAGUACCGAGUGACCGACGGCGGUGUCUACAUAGAGAGGAGUGCACAGGCGAACUGCUUGACAAAAAGGGCUCCAGGGAUGCAGGAAACAGUCAUGUCUCUCCUUCACGAGGGCCUCCCGGAGGUUCCCAGGCCCUCAAAGUUCGCAGCGGCAAAUUCGUCUGGCAUGCCAUCUCGCAGCAGGGCCCCACCUACAAGAGGACCACCCUUUGGAUCGCCAAACUCGAAAGCCGACAUGUGGGAAAUUACGGAGUGA